AUGCAAGACUUGUACGAACGGAUGACCACAUUGCAGCACCAAAGUCCUGCUUCUUCGUACGCCGAGACCGAGUGCACAGACUCAGACAUCGACUCGAACGACUGUCACGACGCCAAGCGCAAGUUUUUAGCCAGAGACGCCCAACGUAUAUGGGUACGCACUGCACCUAUCAGCAUUCCGUCCAGGGAUCACCAGCAGCUGCACUCGUACCGGUGCGAGAGCCUUUUCGAGAGCACGGACUUGUCCUAUCACGCUGACAUGCGUCUAUUGCACGCCGGUCGCUGCCAUUACGCAGACGAAGAUGACGAUGAUGAGCUGCCUGAAGCCGAGCUAGAAGAAGAUGACUCGGCUCUUUUUGGUAAUUUGGCCUUCUUCCGCUCGCAAUACGGCGUCUCGCAGACCUGCAUGGUCAAGCGUAACGCGUGUACAUACAAAUCCAUUGCUGCCCCCGCCUCUCCUACGGGCGUAGACGAUCGUGACGAAGACAUCUUUGCUAUGGAGCUUUAA